AUGCGUGCCUUCAUUGUCUUGUGCUUGGUAGCAGUCGCUUGUGCCGACAAAUUGGGUUACAACUACAAACCCGUUGGUCACUCAGACAGUGGAUUGUCUUUCACUCCAGGUUACUCUGGCGUUGAAUCAACUUUCGCCCCUGGUGCAGUUGGUAGUGUCAGCUACGUUGCUCCUGCCUAUACCGCUCCCGUUGCCGAAUUGGAAAAGGAAUUCUACACCUUCUCUGCCCCCGAAGGUGAAUUCAAUGAUCCUAAUGCCGCUGAACGUGUUGCUGGUAGCUUGAAGAAGGGCAUCCGUGUCAUUUUCAUCAAGGGCCCCGAAAACAAAGGUUUGGAAGAUGCCGCCUUGGCUUUGGCCAAACAAGCUGCCCAACAACAAACCGCCAUCUAUGUCCUCAACAAACAAGCCGAUCUCGGCGAAUUGGCCAACAAACUCAACAACAUCAACACCGGCAACAACAACAAACCCGAAGUUCACUUCGUCAAAUACCGUACCCCUGAAGAUGCUGCCAAUGCCCAACGUGCCAUCCAAAGCCAAUACGACCAAUUGGGCGGUAAAUCACAAAACUACAAUGGUGGUGUUGCUCCCGUUAUUAACUUUGCUUCUCAACCAGCUGUACAAGCUGCCACAGCUCAAGUUCCUCAAAAUGCCUACUUGCCCUCAUCCAUUUUCCGUCACCGUUUCUAA